GCAGGCUCCGGACUCCCCUGGAUAACUCCAAUUUGCAUUUAUCGGAUGAAGAUCGCUUCGGUGCUGUUGUACCUUGCAGUCACUUGCUUCCAAAAAAGAAAGAGGCGCGCUGCAUUCGGAGGAGAUUUUAGAAGGUCUGCGUUUUCUCUUCUGGGGCUCAUUCCUCCCGUCCCCGUCCUCCUCUGAGCUCGCUCGGCGCAUUCAGCCAUUUGAAGGGACACCUACACUUCCAAGCAUCUCGAAUCAUAUAGGCAAAUGGAGCAAACCUAUGGAGAGGUGAACCAACUAGGCGGUGUGUUCGUCAAUGGCCGACCCCUACCUAACGCCAUACGGUUAAGAAUAGUAGAGCUGGCUCAGCUCGGGAUUCGACCCUGUGAUAUAAGCAGGCAACUCCGAGUCUCCCACGGCUGCGUGAGCAAGAUUUUAGCGAGGUACAACGAGACUGGCUCCAUCCUACCCGGUGCCAUCGGUGGAAGCAAGCCCCGGGUCACGACGCCGAACGUGGUGAAAAACAUCAGGGAAUACAAACAAAAUGACCCCGGGAUCUUUGCCUGGGAGAUCCGGGACAGGCUUUUGGCCGAUGGUGUUUGUGACAAAUACAAUGUGCCGUCGGUUAGCUCGAUCAGCAGGAUUUUACGCAAUAAGAUUGGAAAUCUCUCCCAGCCUAACCAGUAUGAAAGCACCAAGCAAGCCUCCGCGCAGGCCGGGCUGCCCUACAACCACAUAUACCCUUAUUCCUACCCCAACACUAUGUCACCCACUAGCACUAAAAUGGGCAGCCCUCCUGGAGUACCGGUGACGGCUGGACAUGUGAGCAUUUCCAGGGCCUGGCCUUCUGCACACACCGUCAGUAACAUCCUCGGAAUACGAGCCUUCAUGGAUCCCACAGCCAUUGCUGGGACAGAGGGAUAUCCACCAAAAAUGGAGGAGUGGGGUAGUGUCAACAGAGCAGCUUUCCCAGCGGCUCACACGGUCAACGGGAUUGACAAGUCAGCCAUUGACGCGGACAUAAAAUAUGCUCAGCCUUCUUCGACAUUGUCUAGUUAUGUACCGGCGUGCGCGUACUCCCCAACCAAUCAGUACGGGGUGUACAGCGGGCCAGCAGGCGGAUACGUGGCCCCGGGCCACCACCACUGGCAGCCACAGAGCCCGGCCCUGUCCCACCCAAGCGGGAUGAGCAUGCAUGCAGGAGAAAUCCACUCGGCGAUGACCUUUAAACAUCAGGCCCGAGAAGGAGACCGAAAACCACCCAGUCCCCUGAGCAAGGCGCAGCAACAGCAACACGAAGACUUGAACAGCGUGCACGGCCUCAGUCUCCCUACCUCAUCAUCAUAACUGGGAAUUAUUACACCUUAAUCACCGCAACCAUUUAAAUGAACUCAUUUCAACCACCACGACAGUAAGUCUGAACACUAACGGCUGGUUUGCAGCUGACAGUCAAACUCAGGCCAGUUCACAUGCAUUCUGAGUGCAGUAUAGCUUUACCGGCCUCUGUGCCGCAUGAAUGUAAGCUUGCAUGGAUGUACCGGUGUUUCCCCUCACUGGCUGAUAGUUUUCUUUGUUUGUCAUUUGAAAUAUUUCAUGUUGCUCGACAGUAUAUUCUCCCGUUGAGAUUGCAGGAUUGAAAAAGAAAAAGGGACGAUUGUGUAAGUCUCCUCCGUCACUGACGUGUUAUUUUAAAACCAGAGCUACUCUGUAAUCCGCCAUUUAUUAUCUUAUCUUAAUUUGUGCCCAUGACCUCCGCUCCGCAGUGAUUCAACGAUGUGAACAAAAGAUAGAAAUUGUCUAAAUGUAAAAUAUUUUCCAAAGCUUUAAUUAUAUAUUUUUAUAAUUUCCUUGUAAAUAUGCAAAAAAAUAAAGCCUUUCUUAAAUGCCACAUGUUGUUGUAGCUGAUGUUAUUUUGGUCAGUGAGAGGACAGCAGCUCGCUCAGGCCGCAUUUAUGGGAUGAUGAUUUUAAAGACAGAUGGAGGAGCGAAAGUAACGUUUUCUUUGAACUCAGCCAGAGUCAGCUGAUCAUGACGCUGCUGAUUACCUGAGAGGUAACCUACAGUCGCGUAUGACCCUCAGACCUUGGUGAUAGUACCGG